UGCCGCUACGUCGUCGAGAGAUUUGAACUCUGUUCGUUUUGGAGUCCCGCACGAAUCGGGGGUUGGUGAUAGUGUUCAGGAUUAUUGGAGGGUCGAAGCGUGGUCAGAUCACGGGGCUGAUUGUCCGUGAUCGGAGGAGACGCUGCAAAAUUUUCAACCGUUUCGUCUACCAUGCAACCGUUCUCCACCGGCAGCACAAUGGCGACCGAGACACCGACCAGCCUCCCACCAGAGAGGGUUGCCUCGCCGACGCCGUGCAGAAACUUGACCUUCUCCAUCGCGAAGAUCAUGGAACCGGAUAAACGUCUAACCGAGCAGAGCAACCAGCAGACGACGUCGCCGCAGGCCCCGCCGCCGACCACGACGUCCAGCAUCCUUCAACAGCCGCCCACGAUCUCGUCGCUGACGUAUUCCGCGCACCUGGAGUCGGCGUUCAAGAAGUACGUGCCGACGCUGAGGCAUCAGAAUCUCUUGCAACACUAUCCUCUCCUGUACUAUCAUCCGAACCCGUUGCUGAGGGCGUUUCCAGCGCCGCCGCCCGCGGCUCCGGCAGUGCCUCAGAGCUCGCCGCCGCCCACGGCGAUCCAGGAGGCCUCAUCGAGGGUGAGCUUGACCGCGAUCUCACCGGAGAGUCAGCGCGGCAAGAAGAGUCCCGGUCCAAGGGGCAACGAGCUCACCGCCACGAACAAACAGAAAACCUUCACCUGCUCGGAAUGCGGUAAGGUGUUCAACGCCCACUACAACCUGACCAGACACAUGCCUGUGCACACCGGAGCCCGACCGUUCAUCUGCAAGAUCUGCGGGAAGGGAUUCCGUCAGGCGAGCACGCUGUGCAGGCACAAGAUCAUCCACACGGCGGAGAAGCCCCACAAAUGCUCGACCUGCGGCAAGGCGUUCAACAGAAGCUCGACCCUGAACACCCAUCGUCGCAUACACGCCAACUUCAAGCCGUUCGUGUGCGAGUACUGCGGCAAAGGGUUCCACCAGAAGGGCAACUACAAGAACCACAAGCUCACGCACAGCGGCGAGAAGGCGUACAAGUGCAGCAUUUGCAACAAGGCGUUCCACCAGAUCUACAACCUGACCUUUCACAUGCACACGCACAACGACAAGAAACCGUUCUCGUGCAAGAUCUGCGGCAAAGGGUUCUGCAGGAACUUCGACCUGAAGAAGCACAUGAGGAAGCUGCACGACACCGGCUCGCCGGUACUCAGCGGCCUGGCCACCUCCGCGCAGAGCCACAAUCAACAGUCCGGCUACGCGUCCGUUCACCACGGACCCGGUGGCCACUCUUUCGUCUCUCCUUUCCUGCUACCGCCGCCCGGGUCCACCAAUUACCUCAGCAAGAUGUUGUGA